AUGGGGAAGGUGGAUGUUUUGGUUUUGGGUGUCAUUUUAGUGGGAGAAGGUGCUGCUGGGGUUGUCGAGGCAGGUCUUGUCCCCACAUUGGUAGAGAAGCUGAAGACUGAGCUGGAAGACAUUGCAGAACUGAUCCUGGACACACUUCAUUUUUGUCUGCGAAUUGACACCAUACAAGCACUGAAUGCUGGCGCUGUUAGCGUGCUGAAAGAGAAACUGUCACACACGUCUGUGUGUAUCAGAUGGAAGGCAGCCCGAGCAAUGAUGGGAAUCAGUGUUCCCCUGGAAGGUAAAAAGAAGAUAUGUGAAGAAGAAGUGAUUCCUUUGCUUGUUCGUCUGCUAAGUGACCAGGAACCAAAAGUCCAAGCAAAUGCAGCAGGAGCUCUGAUGUCAGCAACCAUCACAACCCAAGGGAGGUAUGCAGCUUUAGAAGCGUACGCUAUCCCACCAUUACUGGACUUGAUCAAGAGCCCUGUGAGUGAAGUGCGCUUGAAUGUACUGAAAACCAUUACCACAUUAGCCGAAGCUCCUGCUGGUCGGAAGGAGUUGUUGAAUCAUUUGACCCAGCUCUCUGAACUGACAGUAGACACAAGUGAGGCUGUGCAGAAAGCUGCAAAGACUGCUGUACGUGUCAUUUCCUGGAAGCCAUGAAACAACAAUUUUAACAUCUGUCAAUCAUUGUCAUAGUUCUCUCUUUUGAUUUAGCAGUAGAUAAUGUGUGCCAUUUUGUGAGCUUAAAUGAACACUGUAUUAAAAUAAAGUAAUAUGA